UCAUGUGCUGGAGGAAACAAUACAACAAACGAUUUGUGUUCUAUAUUACAUGUUUAAUGUAAACUUUGGGUUUUCCGAAAAAUACCGUACAUCGCCAAUCUAUAUAUAGUGUCGUUUCACUCUUAUCACUGACCAAAUAACAUUAAGCGUUAUAUACUCGGAUACACAACAUUCCCUAUUCACUCCAGUUUGAGCAGAUUCUGACGAUCAUCUCUACAGUUUCAGAAAUCCUUUACUCAGGCAUGGAAGCGACAAACUGAAAACAGGACAUCAUGAGUUUUAAAGAAGUCCCCCCUAACGUGGAUGUUGACGAGGUUGAUUGCCCCCCGCUGACGCCAGAACAACUCCGACUGCUGGAGACUGACAACGAAUACAACUUCUUCCACACCCGCCGCGGUCGCGCCAUCAUCAUCAACAACAUCAACUACAUGACGGAAACUGGAAACAAGCCAAGGUCGGGGGCGGAACACGACACAAGCAGACUGUUAAAGAUUUUUGCAAAUCUGCUGGAAUUUGAUGUGCAGAUAUGGAAGGAUCUCACAGCUGGGGAUAUGGUCACAAAAAUUGAAGAAGCCGCUUCUAACCGGUACUACGACCACACCAACGCCGACUGCUUCCUUUGUAUCAUCCUGUCUCACGGCGGGGAGGAGGAUGACAGACACGGCAUCCCCCACGACAUCCUGCACGGCGUGGACGGCAGCAUUGUGUACACACGCGACUUGGUGAAUCUGCUCCGCGAAAAAAAAUGCCCUCAGCUCAAAGACAAGCCUAAAAUCUUCAUUAUUCAAGCGUGUCGAGGCGAUUACCUGGACAAGGGCCAGGAGGUCAUUGUCCAGACGCCCGUCAUCCCCGGGAAACACAUACAUCGGAGGGUCACGGUGAGAGGUGAAGACGACGCCUCGCAACCCUACGAGAGUCGAAUGAGAAGUUUCAGCGAUCAGAGUGAAGACAUAGUUGUCUCCCCUACCCCGCUCUAUAAGGACUUCUUGGUUGUUUACGCAACUCCGCCAGGGUACUCUGCUUGGAGGGGCAAGUAUGGGAGUUAUUUCAUCCAGUAUCUGGAGGAGGUGUUCGAGUCAAUGCACCAGGAACACGUCCCUCUUGUCCGCACGCUCACCAGGACGAGUCACAAGAUGGCUGUGCACUUCAAGUCCAGGACGACGGACUCCACGGGGGGGAUGAAGCAGAUGCCUUGCAUCAUGUCCAUGCUGACAAAGGAUGUGUGUUUCAGACAAAAACCCGUUAGAGUGUGAUCACUGGGGCACUGAGAUAUUGACACUUCUUGGGUUUUUUAAGUAGCGAAAUUGCCACUAGCUGUUUAAUUUGUGAAGACCGCCUCCGUGGUCUAGCGGGAGAGCGUUCGCCCGUAGAACGGAAGGUCCGGGUUUCGAUCCCCGGCCACGUGAUACCAAAAGACGUUAAGAGAAGGUACUUGUUGUUACCCUGU